CAUGGCUUCGUCCGGCUCCUCCAGCACCUCAAGCGGGCCCGUCGCCACAGGAUCUCGAAGGAGGCGGCUCGUUCUGAGGCUGAGCCAGAAGGACGCCCUGCAAGCGCUCUUUCAACGGAACCCCUACCCUGGGAUAGCGACCAGAGAACGGCUGGCCCGGGAGCUUGGCAUUGCCGAAAGCAGAGUUCAGGUCUGGUUCCAAAACCAACGCAGAAGACGGUCAAAGCAGAGCCGAUCGCCGCCGUCUGAAUAUGUGCACCGAGAAGGGGAAGCGGGGCCAACGUCCACGCCCACGCCACCGUCGCGCCCGCCUCGACCUCAGUCUUCCUCUCCAGGAGACUCGGCCCGAGAGGCCCGGAGAAAGAGGACCGUCAUCUCUCCUUCCCAAACAAGCAUCCUUGUGCAAGCCUUCACGAGGGAUCGCUUCCCGGGGAUUGCCGCCAGGGAAGAACUGGCUCGUCAGACGGGAAUCCCAGAACCUCGAAUCCAGGUAUGGUUUCAAAACCGAAGAGCUCGGCACCCCCAGCAGAGCCCGAGCGGGCCCGGCGGCGCAGCAGCCACGACUCCUCCUGCUCCAGAGGACCGAAGGGCCCCACCCGCUGUCCAGAGCACCUCUCCUCCCCUUCGCCCCUCCCCGCCACAGGAGAGCAUGCCACCCUCGGCGGCGGCGGCGGCCGCAGCUGCUCCGUUCGGGGCCCCCGCCUUCUGGGUGCCCGGGACUGCCUCUGGGGUCUGUGUGGGCCAGCCGUUGAUGAUCUUCAUGGUCCAGCCCAGCCGGUGGCUCUCCAGCCAAGUGGGAAGCCACCACCUCCUGCCCAGGUAG